CGGUACUUGCUCCGCGGCUCGUUGCUCGGCGUCGGAGAGUGUGGGACCAGGGCUGGAGAGACCGCCGGGGAGCAUCAGCAGAACCAGUCCAGCACGGAGCCUCGCCUGGCCGACCGCCGCGCCGUGCACUCUUCUCGGGGACUGCACAACAUUCCUGUGAAAUAUAACUGCUUUUAAUGGCAUGUGGCUUGUAACUUUACUUCUGCUGUAUUCUUUGCAAGAAGUCAACAGUGAGGAUGUUGUCUCUACACGGCUGUACUUUGUGAACGCCUCCCUGCAGCGGGUGACCUUCUCCAGCUCGGUGGGGGUGUCCCUGCCCUGCCCUGCGGGCGGCGCCCCCCAUGCCGUCCUGCGCUGGUACCUGGCCGCCGGAGACGACAUUUACGAUGUGCCCCAUAUCCGCCACGUGCAUGCCAACGGCACCCUCCAGCUCUACUCCUUCUCUCCCUCCGCCUAUAACAGCAUUAUCCACGACAACGAGUACUUCUGCACUGCUGAGAACCAGGCAGGAAAGAUCCGAAGCCCCAGCAUCCACAUCAAAGCAGUGUUCAGGGAGCCCUACACAGUCCGUGUGGCCGACCAGCGCUCCAUGCGGGGUAAUGUUGCUGUGUUCAAGUGCCUCAUCCCCUCAGCCGUCCAGGAGUACGUCAGUGUGGUGUCUUGGGAGAAAGAUACUGUCUCCAUCAUCCCAGGCAACCGUUUCUUCCUGACCUCAUUUGGCGCUAUGUAUAUCUCAGAGGUGCAGAAGGAAGAUGCUCUGUCCACCUACCGCUGCAUCACAAAGCACAAGUACAGUGGAGAGACUCGCCAGAGCAAUGGAGCCAGGCUCUCUGUUAUGGACCCUACGGAGUCCACCCCGUCAGUGCUGGACAGUUUCCAGUCCGGUGAGGUGCAGGUGGGAAACAGUGUGGAACUGCCCUGCGUCGCAUCGGGAUACCCCAACCCCACCAUCCGAUGGCUGAAGGAUGGUCGGCCACUCCCCGCAGACACCCGCUGGACACGGCGCAUCACGGGCCUCACCAUUUCAGACCUGAGGCUCGAGGACAGUGGCAACUACAUCUGUGAGGUCACCAACAGCUUUGGUUCCAAAGAGGUGACAGGUCAUCUCAAUGUCAUAGAGCCACUGCGGGUCACCUUGUCUCCCAAGAAUCUGAAGACAGGGAUCAGCAGCACAGUCAUACUCUCCUGCGCCGUCCAGGGUUCCCCCCACUUCAUUGUGUCCUGGUACCGGAACACAGAACCCGUCAUACCCGAUCAGCACUUUUCCAUCCAGGGAGCUCACAAUGAGACAUUGUUCAUUUCCGCUGCACAAAAGAGACACUCGGGAGCUUACCAGUGCUUUGCUACACGCAAGGCCCAGACUGCCCAGGACUUCUCCAUCAUACUACUGGAAGAUGGCACACCCCGUAUUGUUGCCUCCUUCAGUGAGAGGGUGGUGGUCCCGGGUGAACCGUUCUCCUUGAUGUGCGCCGCCAAGGGAGCACCUCCUCCGACCAUCACCUGGACCCUGGACGACGAGCCCGUGGCCCGAGACCUGUCGCGCGUCAGGGCCAGCCAGUACACGCUCUCCGACGGCAGCACUGUCAGCCACGUCAACGUCAGCAGCCCGCAGAUUCGUGAUGGAGGAGUGUAUCGGUGCGCCGCACGAAACUCGGCCGGUAGCGCCGAGUACCAAGCGCGCAUAAACGUAAGAGGUCCCCCAAGGAUACGGCCCAUGAAGAACAUCACGGCAGUGGCCGGAAGAAACAGUUUUAUAAAUUGCCGGGUGAUUGGGUAUCCUUACUACUCAAUCAACUGGUACAAGGAGGGACUUCUGCUGCCUGAUAACCAUCGACAGGUGGUGUACGAGAAUGGGACCCUGAAGCUCAGCGAUGUUCAGAAGGGGAUGGACGAGGGGGCCUACGUCUGCAGCGUGCUCAUCCAGCCGCAGCUGUUCAUCACGCAGACUGUUUAUAUCACUGUCAAAGUUCCUCCACUGAUCCAGCCAUUUGACUUUCCUCCGACUUCCAUCGGUAAAUUGAUGUACAUCGCCUGCGUGGUGUCGUCUGGUGACAUGCCCAUUCGCAUCGCGUGGCGCAAGGACGGGCAGGAGAUCGUAGCCUCCUCGGGCAUCACGAUCGACACCAAGGAGUUCAUGAGUUCCCUCCAGAUCUCCAAGGUGUCGCUCAAGCACAACGGCAACUACACCUGCAUCGCCAGCAAUGACGCUGCCACUGUCAGCACAGAGAGGCAGCUCACAGUCACUGUGCCUCCUCGAUUUGUGGUGCAGCCCAACAACCAGGACGGGAUCUAUGGGAAGGCAGGGAUCCUGAACUGUUCUGUUGAUGGAUACCCUCCCCCCAAGGUCAUGUGGAAGCAUGCCAAAGGAACCCUAGCAGGGAUCGGGAACCCGCAGCAGUACCACCCUGUGCCUCUGACUGGCCGCAUCCAGAUCAUGACUAACGGCUCGCUACUCAUCAGACACGUCCUGGAAGAGGAUCGCGGCUUCUACCUGUGUCAGGCCUCCAACGGCGUGGGCUCCGACAUCAGCAAGAGCAUGGUUCUCACCGUUAAAAUCCCGGCGAUGAUCACCAGUCACCCCAACACCACCAUGGCGAAGAAGGGUUACGUGAAGGAGCUGAACUGCACCGCCAGGGGAGAGUGGCCCAUCAUCAUCCGCUGGGAGAGAGGCGACACUGUCAUUGACCCUGACCGCAACCCCCGGUACUCCAUUACCACCAGUCCCAACGAGAAGACCGACGAGGUGUUGUCUACACUCAGGCUAAAGCCAGCCGAGCGUGAGGAUUCAGUCUUCUUCUCCUGUCACGCCAUCAACUCUUACGGAGAAGGACGAGGCCUUAUCCAGCUCACCGUGCAAGAGCCCCCAGACCCUCCGGAGCUGGAGGUGCGAGAAGUGAAGGAUCGCAGUAUGAACCUCAGGUGGACACAGAGAUUUGAUGGGAACAGCAUCAUUACUUCCUAUGAUAUUGAGUAUAAGAACAAGACAGAUACCUGGGAGCUGAAGCACGCCACUCGAAACAUCUCCCCCAGCAACAAUCAGGCCAACAUUGUGGACCUUCACCCCGCCUCCGUCUACAGCAUCCGCAUGUACUCCUACAACGCCAUCGGAAAGAGCGAGGCCAGUAAGGAGCUCACCAUCAGCACAGAGGAAGCGCAGCCGGAUGGUCCUCCAAUGGAAGUGAUCCUGCAGCCUGUGACCUCUCAGAGUAUCCGAGUCACCUGGAAGGCUCCCAGGAAAGAGCUGCAGAACGGCGUGAUCCGUGGUUACCAGAUCGGUUACAGAGAGAACGGCCCCGGCAGCAACGGCCAGUACAGCAUCGUGGAGAUGAAGGCCACUGGAGACAGUGAGGUCUACACGCUGGACAAUCUGAAGAAGUUUGCUCAGUAUGGCGUCGUCGUCCAGGCCUUCAACAGAGCCGGCACAGGGCCCUCGAGCUCCGAGAUCAAUGCCACGACAUUGGAAGAUGUGCCCAGCCAGCCGCCUCAGAACGUGCGAGCCAUUUCCGUAACAUCAGACGAGGCAGUGAUCACAUGGGCGGAGCCACCCAGGCUGACGCUGCACGGCGUACUGAAGGGAUACCGCGUCGUGUUCUGGACUGUUUUCCCGGAUGGAGAGUGGGGCGAAAUGCAAAACAUCACAACCACCAGGGAGCAGGUGGAGCUCAGGGGCCUGGAGAAGUUCACUAACUACAGCAUCCAGGUGCUGGCCUACACCCAGGCUGGGGACGGAGUCCGGAGCAACGUCCUGUACAUCCAAACCCGUGAAGACUACCCUGGACCCCCAGCUGGCAUCAAAGCUGUGCCCUCCUCCGCCAGCAGUGUGGUGGUGUCCUGGUUGCCCCCCCACAAGCCCAAUGGAAUCAUCCGCAAGUACACCAUCUACUGCUCCAGCCCUGGGUCAGGCCAACCGCUGCCCAGCGAGUAUGAAGCCAAUCCCGAGCUGCUGUUCUACAGAAUCACCCACCUCAACCACCGGCAGCAGUACCUGAUCUGGGCCGCAGCCGUCACCACGGCAGGCCGGGGAAACUUCAGCGAGAAGGUCACAGUGGAGCCAGCGGCCAAGGCCCCGGCUAAGAUCCUGUCAUUUGGGGGAACCGUGACCACUCCUUGGAUGAAAGAGGUGCGGCUGCCCUGUAGCUCAGUGGGAGAACCAACACCAUCCAUAAAGUGGACCAAAGACAGUGAGGACACAGCCAUCCCAGUGUCUCUAGAUGGACAGCGUCUCAUUAUGGCCAAUGGGACACUAGUGCUGCGCUCUGUCAAAGCUGAAGAUUCUGGUUACUACACCUGCACGGCCACUAACACGCUGGGCUUUGACACUAUUAUAGUCAACCUUUUGGUUCAAGUCCCUCCAGACCAGCCUCGUCUAACCGUCUCCACCACCUCCACCUCCUCCAUCACUCUGGCCUGGAUACCAGGAGACAACGGAGGCAGCUCUAUCAGAGGUUUCGUGCUGCAGUACUCUGUGGACAACACGGAGGAAUGGAAGGAUGUUUUCAUCAGCUCCAGUGAGCGCUCCUUCAAACUGGACAACCUGCGCUGUGGCACCUGGUACAAAGUGAAGCUGGCGGCCAAGAACAGUGUCGGAGCCGGACGCAUCAGUGAGAUCAUCGAGGCAAAGACUCACGGACGAGAACCCCAGUUCAACAAGGAUCAGCCGGUGUUCACCCACAUCAACUCCAGCCACGCCCGCCUCAACCUGCAGGGCUGGGCCAGUGGAGGCUGUCCAAUCAGCGCUGUCACACUGGAGUUCAGACCAAAAGGAACGUGGUCAUGGCAGAAUGUGCGCACCAAUGCCACCACAGACGUGUUCCUGGCCGAGCUGCGUGAGGCCACCUGGUACGAGUUGAAGAUGAAAGCGUGUAACAGCGCCGGCUGCGGCAACCAGAGCUCCCAAUUUGCAACACUGGACUAUGAUGGCAGCACAAUCCCACCAAUCAAAUCCCCCCUGGAAAAGAACGACGAUGUCAAGAAGCUGUUUUCUAUUGGCUGCCCUGUAAUCCUGGUCACUGUGGGUGUUGCGCUACUCUUCAUCAUUCGCAGGAAACGCAAGGAAAAGCGGCUGAAGAGACUAAGAGAUGCCAAAAGCCUGGCUGAGAUGCUGAUCAGUAAAAACAACCGCAGCUUUGACACCCCAGUGAAGGGCCCCCCUCAGGGCCCACGGUUGCACAUAGACAUCCCCAGAGUGCAGCUGCUGAUUGAGGACAAAGAAGGCAUCAAGCAGAUCGGUGAGGACAAGGCCACGAUCCCUGUGACAGACACAGAGUUCAACCAAACAAACCCUCAGAGCUUCUGCACAGGUGUGUCCGUCCAUCACCCCGCCCUCAUCCAGAACACCGGCCCUUUGAUUGACAUGUCAGACAUCAGACCAGGAACCAACCCAGUGUCGAGGAAGAGUGUCAAGUCGGCCCACAGCAUCAGGAACCGCUACUCCAGUCAGUGGACUCUGACCAAGUGCCAGGCCUCCACGCCAGCACGCACUCUCACCUCGGACUGGCGCACAGUUGGCUCCCAGCAUGGCAUCACUGUCACGGAGAGUGACAGCUACAGUGCCAGCCUCUCACAAGACACAGAUAAGGGUCGCAACAGCAUGGUGUCGACAGAGAGCGCCUCCUCCACCUACGAGGAGCUAGCAAGAGCAUAUGAGCAUGCCAAGCUGGAGGAACACCUGCAACAUGCCAAAUUCGAGAUUACAGAAUGCUUUAUCUCUGACAGCUCAUCUGACCAGAUGACCACAGGUACCAACGACAACGCAGACAGCAUGACGUCCAUGAGCACGCCAUCAGAGCCUGGUAUCUGCCGUUUCACUGCCUCGCCACCUAAACCACAGGACUAUGACCGUGGCAAGAAUGUAGCUGUGCCCAUUCCACAUCGCGCCAAGAGUGACUACUGCAACCUCCCCCUCUACAUGAAGUCAGAUCCCUUCUUCCGAAAGCAGUCGGAGCAUCAUGACCCAUGUCCAGUGGUUCCACCGCGUGAAGCCUCUAUUCGUGGCCUGGCCCAACGUGCAUACCACACCCAGGGCCGUCAUGUGACUAUGGACUCUGCAAAGCAGCAGGCCCUGACCAUGGGCCACUCUGGCCUGUCCAACCUCACUUCCUCUGGGGCUUCCUCUGGAGGAGCAACAGGAGGUUGUGGGGGGAUGUCUGCUAGCUCUAGCAGCUCCACACUCCCCCAGAGGACUCUCACCAUGCCCGGCUCCUCUGCCUCAGUGGCCCAGAGUGCAGCGGCAGCUGCUGCUGCCACUGCCGCAGCCGCUGGGGCAUCAUCCGGUGGAUGUGGGGCAGUAGGGGCCACAGGAGGGACCCCUGGAGGUGCCUCCUCAUCCUCCUCCAAGAUGGGAGGAUCCAGAGACUCUCUCUUGGAGAGCAGCUCCUCGGGCUUAGGCAGACUACAGAAGCAGAGGGAUGGAGGGGCAGGGGCCUACUCCAAGUCCUACACACUGGUGUAGCCUGCCAUCACCGCGGCCUGUCACUGUAACUCUUUAUAGAAUGCUGGUCAAGCCGGCAGUUGCCUGGAGCUUCUAUGGAGAAGUAGGGUGAGGAACAUACACAUGCACAGCUGACCCGUCAGUGCCUGCGCUGUGCCAGGCUGCAGGGGGCUGGUUGGGUUCCCAUCGACACUACUGUAUGAAGGGGUCAGAGUUGGCUCUCCACAGCACAGGGGUUUGCCUUUCUUUCUGCCUGAUUGCUUUCUAUUAUUAUUGUCAUCUUUCUCUCUUCUUAUUUCAUCACCCUGGAAAUCACUUGCCAAAACAUUAAUGAUUUUAUCCAUUCACUUCAUAUUUUCAUUUUCUGGUAAGGACACUGUACUUAUGCACAAAAUGCUUUCACCGUGCACUGUCUUGUCUUCUGCAUCAAGACAGUCGUAGAAUGAACUAGGUUGCUUGAGUUUCACACAGACGAGUGUUAAGGUUUUUAGGUUUUUAACUAUGUUACUUUUCUGGUCUCUGAUGGAAGAAGAGCUCACAUCAGCAUUGUGACACGGCGGGAUGCUUUUACUGUAUGCAUAGACCACCAAGCUUGGGGUUGCACUGGCUCUGAGAGGUUACUCCAUCAUGGAUUCAUACAUUAAAGGCAGUGGAAGGACUGUGGUCUCAAUACCAGUUUUGAGACAAGGGGGGUGAUUUUCUUAUACAUGCAAUGGAUGACACAGCUUAUUGGUCUUAAUUGAUGUUUUUAUAAACAGGCUCAAAGCAGAGCCGAUAAAAAAUGUCAAGCUUUGUCAAAUGAAAGAAGAAUCCAAACGUUUUGGGGGGGUUUUCAGCAGGUUUUCCGGUUUAUUUUUCUGAUGACGGAAAUAUAAUCUCGUGCACUAAGAAAAAGUUAGAAUGGAUCCAAGUAACAAACCUUCACAAGCCUGCGAGUGUGUGCGUGUGGGUGUAUAUGUGUAAAUAUAUAUAUGUAUACAUGUGGCAGGCACACACCAACAGUUUUUAUUAAAAUCAAUCUGUAUGCUGACCUCUUGGGCAGACACCUGUGUCCAAAGUGAACAGACCCCCCCACAUUGUUCAUUUUGUACCUGUGAAAGGGGAUUUGGGGACAGAAACGAUGAUGCUUACGAUGUAAACACCAUGAUCCUAAUUUGGUCCAGCAUUUUGACCUUUGUUUUGCUACGUGGGAUUGACAGCAUCACAUAGGAAGUGGGGAAUACUGAGGAGGAAGUUGCUAAAAAAAACGAGCAAGUACAGAUGAUAAGGAAGAGUUUGCUUUCAGAGCGAAGAGAGACCCUUUUACGAUUCAUCGCGGUGCCACAAUACCAUUAUCAUUUCAACUCAUUAUCCCCUUUACCCAUUUAAUCCCUUUCUAUCCUUCCCCAUCUUCGCUUCUCCCCACAGCCCCCAU